AUGAGUGUACCAUUAACAGAACAUACUGCUAUCCUUGCGAAAUACUUGGACUUGCCCCAAAAGGGUAAGAUUCUUGCUGAAUACGUUUGGAUUGAUGCUGAAGGAAGAACCAGAUCCAAAUGUAGAACCUUGGCCAAGAAGCCAUCGAGCGUUGACGACUUGCCAGAAUGGAACUAUGAUGGUUCCUCAACCAUGCAAGCACCAGGUCACGACUCUGAUAUCUACUUGAGACCAGUUGCUUACUACCCAGACCCAUUUAGAAAAGGCGACAAUAUCAUUGUCUUGUGUGAAUGUUGGAACAAUGACGGUACCCCAAACAAGUUUAACCACAGACACGAAUGUGCCAAAUUGAUGAAGGCCCACGCUGAUGAAGAAGUUUGGUUUGGUUUGGAACAAGAAUACACCCUCUUUGACCAAUACGACUACCCUUAUGGAUGGCCAAAGGGUGGUUUCCCAGCCCCACAAGGCCCAUACUAUUGUGGUGUCGGUACCGGUAAAGUUGUUGCUAGAGACGUUAUCGAGGCUCACUAUAGAGCAUGUCUUUAUGCCGGUAUCAACAUUUCUGGUAUCAAUGCCGAAGUGAUGCCAUCCCAAUGGGAAUUUCAAGUUGGUCCAUGUGAAGGUAUCAAUAUGGGUGACGAAUUGUGGAUGGCUCGUUAUCUUUUGGAGAGAACUGCUGAAGAAUUUGCCGUUAAGGUUUCUUUCCACCCUAAACCAUUGAAGGGUGAUUGGAAUGGUGCUGGUUGUCAUACCAAUGUUUCCACCAAGGAUAUGAGAAAACCAGGUGGUAUGAAGGUUAUCGAAGUUGCAUUGAGCAAAUUGGCCAAGAGACACAAGGAACACAUGUUGUUGUAUGGAGCUGAUAACGAACAAAGAUUAACUGGUCGUCAUGAAACCGCUAGCGGUGACUCAUUCUCCUCGGGUGUUGCAAACAGAGGUGCCUCUGUCAGAAUCCCAAGAUCAGUGGCUAAGGAGGGUUACGGUUACUUUGAAGACAGAAGACCAGCAUCAAACAUUGACCCAUACUUGGUUACAGGUAUCAUGGUGGAAACCAUUUGUGGUUCUAUCCCAGAUGCUGACAUGGCUAAGGAAUUUUUGAGAGAAGCUAGUGAUUUUUAA